UCCACCACAGUAUCUACUUCGUGGUCCUUCCAGCUUGUAUCCUUCUUUGCAUAAGACAGUACAGUUCAUCGCGAAGGAUAACUUUUCAGGACCCGUGCAGUUCGUAGGGAAAAUCAUACCAUUUGCUAAUUGCUUUAGAGGUUCACAUUUAAUCGGUUUGCAAGUUGUUUCCAGACCAUCCCAACGCGAAACAGGCAAACAAUUUCGCACUUUACUUCCUCGCAAUUGGUAGCCAACGUCACAUCUAAAUUGGCAACGCGUAUCGAUCGGAUGCGAAGUUAAAUCAUCUUUCAUUCGAUCCUGAUAAACAUCGUCGUGCUGACAACGAACACGUCCAUGUAGCGGUGCUCGCAGUGCUGGGCAAGUCUUUACUAUUAAAUAUUCUUUCUUUAAUAAAACAUCUUUUUUUAUUAGCAAGAUGAAAAAUCGUUCGUUAACAUAAUAAGUAGUAAACUUACGUGAACACUGUGGUUCAUUACCAGACCAAGUUCCAUCCUUUCCACAAAGUCGAAUACUAUCACCGGUCAGUUGAAAUCCAAUUCUACAUCUUAUACCACAAGCAGCGUUCACCACGUUGCUACAAGCAUUCGCUUUCACUAGAUAUCCAUUUUCUGGUACUUUUAAUUUUGGGCACGUUAUGACUAAAAAGCAAAAAAAAAAAAAGAAAAGAAGAAGAAGCUCAAUGCGAAUAACAAUGAAAAGUGCAAUUUUUCAUUUGUUUUCAAGAUCAUAAUUUAAUCGUGUCCGCUUAAGUCCGUUAAUUAAAUUUCAACGAUGGAUGCACGAUGCAACAAGCCCUACGAUUUCAUCGCUGUGGCUCGAAAUUUAACCGAAGAAAUAAAAAAGACGCGAGCGAUGCAAAUGAUGUGGUUUCAAACGUACGGUCCUUUACUGGAUGAAUACAAAAACGUGAAAAAGGAGAUGACAGAGUUGUGUGAGAAAAAACAGGUCAUGGUCGUCGAUCAUUCAUCUAUCGAAGAUGAAAGAUCUUGCUUACCUACGCCAGAAACAAGCAAUUGCGAAGUAUGAUCGUUUGAAAUCAAUUUGACGAUUGAUUUAAACACUUCAAUAUAUUUUUUCUAGUAUGGCUGGCUCGCAACAAAGCCAGAAUUUCAAUUAGAAAGAUACGGACCGUACACAAUUGAUCGAAUUAAUCCUAUGGAGACUGAAACUCUUUUACAGGGAAACAUACCAAUGCUUGCACCUGGAAAAGGCUUAAUUCGAUAAAAAUUUAAUAUAAAUAUAUAAUGCAUCCUAUUUCAACACAAAAUUCUUUUUAUAAAAUCAAUAUAUUUAUAUAUAUAUAUAUAUAGAAUAGUCUUACAAUUACCUUCACAUUUUUUUCCAUCAGUAGUGAAUCCAAAAGCACAAACACAAUCUUCCACUGUAGUAGCAGGUACCUUCAGAGUGACAUGAUUAACAUCUGGACAAGGUAUACAGAUAGACGUUGAAUCUCCAGAAAUAUAACCGGAAGCGUACGUCCCAUUUGGACAUGCUGUACAUGAUUUAUAAUUAAGAGAUAUAUUAUUGUCAAGAAAAUUAAUAGAGAAUGCAGAAAAAUAUACUCACGUUGGCAAGAACCUUUAAAACCAGAACCAAAGAAUCCUAUCGGGCAAAUACAAGCGUAAUGACCGGUUGUUAUGCCGCACGAACAGAUCGCUAAAUCAUCGCAACAGUUUUUCUCUCUAACUUUGUUCAUUUCAUUGCUCAUACAUAAAAUAUCGCAAUCGCUGCUAACUGCUACAGGCACAUAUUUUCCUGUUUUCAAGUCUACACAAAUUAUCAUUAUAUUUAAUCGAUCGUAUUUGAUUAAUCAUAUUUGAUAAAUUACUUCUUAAUCCUCACCAUGAUGUAAAGCACGACGAGCCAAAGCUUCGAAUUCGGCGAAACU